AUCGUCUUGCAGAAGCCCGCCAAAACCAAGUCAGUCCAGCCAACUCCCAGUCGCUGCUGCGGUCGCCCGUAAUGGACACUGCCUUGGGCAGUCUGGUGAUGGAAAUCGGCUACACGUUAACGGCUUCGCUGGAGGACUGCAAGAACCACCUGCCGAAGAUUGGCGACAGGAAGAACACGGCGCAGGAUGUGGCCAAGAUUAUUUCGUCGAUGUGUUUGACGCACGCGUCGCUUUCGGAGAGUCCUGUGGUACACGCUCGGCACAGCUGCUGCACAAAGCGCGCGUACGUCGAGUCUUCUUAA